GUUCACUUUUGUGCUUUUGUCCACAGUGGAAAUCUUCAAAGAAACUCAUCCAAGAUGAAUAACACCAAGAAAAAUAUUGUCAAACUAUUCGUUAGGCCAAAGGAAUUGGUUAUUAUGCCAAAAGGAGAAGACAACUCCGUCUUUGACGUACCAAUGGAAUAUUUGCCUGACAAGUUCAAAAACGUAGCAGCUCAGAUCGUCAGCAGAUUUGGGGAAGAAGCUAGCUCAAAAAUUCCUGUGAACACCAUUUCUAUUCCCCCUCUGGGAGAAAUUCUGGAACUUGCUCGUGAUGAGAACUUCUCUCUUUUCAUCCCCAAACACAGAAGGAUUGCGGGUCGGCUCAUAGAUAUCUACUUAGGAAUGCGUAAUGUGGAUGAUCUUCUGUCAGUAGCAGUUUACACCAGAGACCGCGUCAAUCCUUAUCUCUUCAAUUAUGCUUUAUCUGUUGCUCUGUUGCAUCGUCCCGAUACUCAGGACGUCGACCUGCCUUCUUUCAUCCUUGCUUUCCCGGAUAAGUACGUUGACAGCAAAGUAUUUGCCAAAGCUAGGGAGGAAGCCAACAUUGUUCCCGAAGGAUCUAGAAUGCCAAUUGAAAUUCCCAAAGACUUCACAGCAUCCGACUUGGAAACUGAACAUCGCCUGGCUUAUUUCAGAGAAGACUUGGGAAUCAAUCUUCACCACUGGCACUGGCACUUGGUUUAUCCCUUCGAAGCUGCUCUUGAAGUUGUCAACAAAAAUAGAAGAGGAGAACUGUUCUACUAUAUGCAUCAACAAAUCAUCGCAAGAUAUAACUUCGAACGUCUCUGUCAUAAACUUAAGCGAGUUGAACGGUUCAUUGACUUUAGAGGAGAAAUUCCAGAAGCAUACUUUCCAAAACUGGACAGUUUGGUGGCGAGUAGGUCUUGGCCUGCCCGUGUUGCCAAUCAAAAACUCAGUAACUUGAAAAGAGAAUCGGACCAGAUACAAAUUGAUCUAGAUGAUUUGCAGAGAUGGAGGGAUAACAUUGUGGCUGCUAUCAACUCUGGUUUUGUCAGAAAUGAGCAAGGACAGGAAAUACAACUUACGGAGUUUGAGGGAAUCGACAUCUUGGGAAACAUGAUGGAAGCCAGUAUUCUUUCCCCGAACAGAGCUGUCUACGGGGACUUCCAUAAUAUGGGACACGUUUUCAUUUCGUACAUCCACGAUCCAGACAACAGACAUCUUGAAUCUUUCGGAGUGAUGGGUGACUCAGCAACAGCCAUGAGAGAUCCUAUUUUCUACAGAUGGCAUGCCUAUAUUGACGAUAUUUUCCAGAAAUUCAAGUCUUCUUUGCCAAGAUAUACCGUAGAACAGUUGAAUUAUCCUGGAAUCUCCCUGGAAGAAAUAUCUAUCGAAAGUGGAAACCAACGUAACAACAUCCAGACAUUCUGGCAACAGUCCGAUGUGGAUCUCUCCCGUGGAAUGGACUUCCAACCUCGUGGAGCGGUCUUCGUGAGAUUCACCCAUCUCAACCACACAGAGUUCAACUACAGAAUCAUUGUGAACAACACAGCAAACGGAAAUAGGCAAGGCACCUGCAGGAUAUUCCUAUCACCCAAGUUCGACGAAAGGGGCAACCCUUGGUUGUUCACUCAUCAGAAGCACAUGUUCAUCGAGAUGGAUAAGUUCACCGUGAAUUUGAAACAAGGAAAGAAUACCAUCAAUCGCUCAUCAACCCAAUCAUCUGUUACCAUUCCUUUCAACCGUACAUUCAGAGACUUGGACAACAACAGACCAACAGGUGGUGAAAACCUGGCUCAAUUUAACUUCUGUGGAUGCGGAUGGCCCCAGCAUAUGUUGACACCAAUGGGAAAUUCUGAAGGCAUGCAGUGCCAGCUGUUUGUUAUGAUUUCUAACUACGCAGAUGACAGGAUCGAGCAAUCCAUUGAAGGUGCCUGCAACGACGCUGAUAGUUUCUGUGGAAUCAAGGACAAACUGUACCCCGAUCGCCGAUCCAUGGGGUACCCCUUCGACCGCCAACCCCGUAGUGGGGUUGACACCCUCCAGCAAUUCCUGACCCCCAACAUGAGAGUGCAAGAUGUCGUCAUCAAGUUCACCAACAGGGUUUUCAGACCAAGAGAAACGAACUAAGGAAAUUGAAAAUGAAAUUGCACGAUUUAUAAUUUGUGGUGUUGACAGUUUUGAAAGAAUAAAUCACUAAUGUAUCAUUUUA